AUGGCAACACUCUACCCCUCCCUGGAGGACAUGAAGGGCCACCAGGUCCUGCAGGCACAAGCAGCAGCUGGGGUGAGGACCCCUGCCACCACAGUGGUCACAGAGAAGCCAAAGCUCACCUCGGGGACUGGUAAGGAGCUGAGACCACCCUUGGUAUGUCCCUCAGAGCCACCUGUGCUGUACCCCAACCUAGCCGAGCUGGAGAACUACAUGGGGCUGGCACUCUCCAGCGAGGAGAUCCAGAAGAACCUGCACACGGAGGACAGCACCGCACUGACCCCCUCCGGGCCCUCCCCAGGCCAGCUGGUGGCACCCCUGAGCGGGAACAGCACGGGGCUGCGGCGGGCAGAGAUCAAACCAGGUGUGCGGGAGAUUCACCUGUGCAAGGACGAGAGGGGCAAGACAGGGCUGCAGCUGAAGAACGUCGACCAGGGCAUCUUCGUGCAGCUGGUGAAGGCCAACUCACCAGCAGCGCUGGUGGGGCUGCGCUUUGGGGACCAGGUGCUGCAGAUCGACGGCAAGAACUGCGCAGGCUGGAGCAGUGACAAGGCACAGCGUGCACUGAAGAAAGCGAACCCUGAAAAAAUCGUCAUGGUGGUGCGGGACAGGCCUUUCCAGCGCACCGUGACCAUGCACAAGGACAGCACCGGCCACAUUGGCAUUGUGGUGAAGAAGGGGAAGAUUGUGUCGCUGGCCAAGGACAGCUCAGCUGCCCGCAACGGGCUCCUCACCCACCACUGCAUCUGUGAGGUGAAUGGCCAGAACGUCAUUGGCAUGAAGGAUAAGCAGCUCAUGGAGGUGCUGGCAGGGGCUGGGAAUGUGGUGACACUAACCAUCAUCCCCACUGUGAUCUACGAGCACAUGGUCAAACGGCUCUCAUCAGGGCUGGUGAAGUCAUCCAUGGACCACUCCAUCCCUGACCUGUGA